GAAGCUGCUUCAGCUGAUCAACUAGUAGGCAAGAGGAGAAACAGCUAGAAAGAAGGUAUUAUCUCAGGAUUCCGUUGUGUUCAAAGAGAUUAUCAGCACUAUCUCAUCAAUGGAAAAAGUUGUUAUACGUCACCGGGUGGAAACUCCAAUACGAUAUCAGGAGCACUUUCCUGAUCAAGAUUUGGAAGCCUGGAAAUUAAACCACUCCUUGUUUGCAUUGCCAAGUCCAGCAGGGCCCGCAAAGAUAAGGAACAUACAAGCAUCCAAGAGUGCGGCUGAAACGGAGCAGAAAAGCACAGAUGAAGCAACCCCCAAUUUUCAAGUCUUACUAGAUGUAGUGCAGUUUCGUCCUGAAGAUGUCAUAAUACAAGUCUUCGAAGGGUGGCUCCUAAUCAAAGCUCAGCAUGGACCCAGGAUGGAUGAACAGGGCUUUAUAGCAAGAAGCUUCACUAGGCAAUAUAAAUUGCCAGAUGGCAUUGAAAUGAAAGAUCUGAAUGCUCUCUUCUGUCACGAUGGCAUUUUAGUCAUUGAAACUAAGACAUUUGGCAGUAAAUAAAUUCUUGACCGUUUUGUUACUGGGGUCGGCAAACAUUUUCUGUGAAAAGUCCUUAGUCCAAAUAUAAUUAUGGUUUCUUCAGAACCACAGAAGGAGAAGGAGCUGCCCUGGGGGUCUCUUUGCCAUGGAAGAAGAAACAGAAAGGGAAGAAGAAAGAGACUGCUUCUAAAUUUUUACGACAUCUGCCCAAAAUAUCAGAAUCAAUAGAGAACAAUAUAAUUAGUAUUUCUACUUACUAGCAUUCUUCAAAAACAGCCCCCAAGUAUUGUUUUGACAGCUGAAAAUGGUGAGGGAAAUAAACUGCAUUUUGGCGCAUCAUCCUUGUCAAAAGUUGGCAAGAUUGUAUCUGGAGCCUUCUGAACAGUUAUCAAAGCUCUCUUUUUAGACUUGUGCAGAUCUAUCAGCAGCUAAAUAUUCUGGCCAUACAAUAAUUUGGAAUAACAUCUCAGAUUUUGCCAACCAAGAACAAAUUUUCCUUGAAAAUGAAUAAACAUGGGAUUUGUUCAGAUUUUAUUAAAUAUGUAUUUAGGAAUAAUUACUCUUACAAGGAUCAUUUUCUUUAUAUUUUGAAUAUUGCAAAUUGUAAAACCCUGAUUAAUGGUGAAAUAAUUAAAUUCUAAACUUCUUUCUUUCAAAGUAACCAACUUCUACAUGAAAAUGCAGGCUUUAAUUUUAUUGAUUUAAAAUUAUAUUAUUCGGAAUAUGUUUCUGGUCUUUUUUUGUAUUGGAAAAGAAAAUAUAGUUAUUAUAUACUAUCAUAGAUCCAAUCGGAUAAGCUUUUAUUUGACCCUUUUGAAAUCUUGGAAAGUACUUUGUAGUCGGAACCCUAUUGUAUUUAUAACACUGCAGCUGGUUAGGCAUAUUCGAUGAUAUCAGAUAAGAUACAAUUAAAAUCUGAUUCCUGCUUUCACAAAAAACUAACCUUUAUUUUAAAAUGGCAACCUUAAAAAAAAAAAGCAAAAGAGGAGGGGUAAAAAUGGAUAAUAAACUCUAAACAGCUAAAUCAGACAUGUCAAACUCGAGACGUCAUGUGAUGUCGCGCAACAUAUCAAGACGGUUUUGCCAUUGCCAGCAAUGGGGUGGCCGUAGCUUCCGGAUGAUGCAUCCAGCCUGCGGACUGACAGUUUGACACCCCUGAGCUAAAUUGCUGAUACAUUUAAAACUUUUGAAAGGAUAUACAUAUAAUUUGCCAGUAAUUGCUACAAUUCAUUUAAAUGAUAAUUCAGUUUUAUUCACAAUUGCAAAAUGUUAUUAUAUAUAUAUAUGGAUAAUACUGCAUGCAACAAAAAUUGAACAGUGAAUUGCAAUUCCUUAUUUUACAAAUGCAAUGAUCUGAAGAUUCAAAAAAGAUAAAUACAUCUUACCACAUUAGAAUGAAUUUAAUUCAUCAAAAAUGUUCAGUUCUAAGGAAUUCAACAGUUUGUUAAAACAUUGAUUGCCCAUCUUCUUAUGCUGGAGAUGCAAUAGAUUUUUGCAUUAAUAUUCCUACUUUUGAUAGUUACUUUUCAGCUGAAUAUUCCUACUAUUGUAAAUUAGGUACUUGGUAGGAAGUUCUGAUUUAAAGAUGUUGAUAUGUUGGUAAAUUAUAUUCCACAAAUUUGGAAUUUGUCUGUCUAUGAACUUUCUAUUUAAUGUACUUAGACUAUUCCCAAAACAGUCAUCAUGUGUUCUUGGAAAAAUGCUAGUAUACUAGAUGCCAAACAUUGGCUUAAAAAUGUGCCAACUCUCAGCCUUUGAACUGGUUCUUGAACAGUGUUAAAAAGGAUUGGACAAUAUGAUUCCUGUGGUCAAGGUCCAUUAAAUUGUUCAAAAACUGUAUUGUAGAAAUGUUUAUAUAACUAUACUAAUAUUGUUGUAUCUGAUGUCUUAAAUUCCUGUUUGUUCCUUAUUUGUUAUCUUAUUCAAACCAUUCAAUUAAGGAGAAUUAAAAUUAGAUGAUCAUGUAAUGUAUAUUCAGUGUUCUGAUAUGCUUUUAUGGUUUUUAUUGCUUGGAAUAGAUCUGCCUCUAAUCUCUUAAACAGGCAACAUACAAUACAAAUAA